GCGCAUGCGCAAGCUGGGAAUCCUAGAAGGGAGCUGGGGAACAGACCGCCCGUUGCCAUAGAAACGAUCAAAGUAGAGCGGGUAGGUCUUCUCGCACUACCAUAAAGACUUAGUAAGCCCUGGCGGCUGUUCUUGUAGAGACUCCGAGGAUUGGGACUUACCAUAGAGACUCUGGGGCAGUGUUCUAGUUCUAUUAUGAGUAACCCACCCCAGGGUUCCUCCCUGGCCUCCCCUGUGCAAGCAGCUGCUGUGACAGGGGACAAGGCGACAUUGUUGAAACUUAUUGGUUCUAGUCCAGAACUUAUUGACCAAGAGGACCAGUUGGGAAGAACACCUUUGAUGUACAGUGUCCUGGGCGACAGGAGGAACUGCGCGGAAGCCCUGCUCAAACAUGGCGCGCAAGUAAACCGCUCUGAUAGGAGUGGAAGGACGGCGCUACAUCUAGCUGCCCAGACUGGCAACCAUCGCUUGCUAAAGCUCCUUCUGUCCCGAAAGGCUGACUGCACCCAUCGUGAUUUGCGUGAUAUUACAGCGGUGCAUCUUUCUACCCGCCACCAAGAUACAAGAUGUCUGGCUCUGCUGCUAAAAUACACGCCACCUGGUCAGGUUGAUGCUCAGGAUCAGCGGAAACAGACAGCCCUUCACUGGAGUGCCUAUUACAACAGGCCACGACAUGUCCGCCUGUUAGUGCGCCACGGGUCCAAUAUUGGCAUUCCUGACACAGAAGGAAAGAUUCCUCUUCAUUGGGCAGCAGGUCACAAAGAUCCAGAAGCAGCUUUAACUGUGCGUUGUUUGCUUGAAGCAGCCCCUACGGAAUCCCUCCUCAACUGGCAGGACUAUGAAGGCCGCACACCUCUUCAUCUUGCUGUGGGAGAUGGUAACCAAGAAGUAGUACGUCUUCUGACUUCCUAUAGGGGUUGCAAUGUAGCGCCAUAUGAUAACCUCUUUCGUACUCCCUUACACUGGGCAGCACUGCUAGGCCACACUCCCAUCGCCCACCUACUUCUUGAAAGAAAUAACUCCCCUAAUAUUCCUUCUGACAGCCAGGGCGCAACUCCUCUGCAUUAUGCUGCUCAGGGAAAUUGCCCAGACACAGUACGAGUGCUGUUAUCUCACCCUUCCGUGAGGGAUGAGGCGGAUUUGGAAGGUAGAACUGCAUUUAUGUGGGCUGCUGGCAAAGGCAGUGAUGAAGUAGUGAGAACUAUGUUAGAGCUAGACCAUGAAUUAGAGGUCAACAGAACAGAUAAAUAUGGAGGAACUGCCCUGCAUGCAGCCUCAUUAUCUGGGCAGAUAACCACUGUUCGCAUUCUGCUAGAAAAUGGAGCUCAAGUUGAUGCUGUGGAUGUCAUGAAACAUACACCACUGUUUAGAGCUUGUGAAAUGGGCCACAGAGAGGUGAUCGCUACCCUUGUUAAAGGCGGUGCAAAAGUGCACCUUGUAGACAAAGAUGGGCGCUCUCCUCUCCAUUGGGCAGCAUUAGGAGGAAAUGCUAAUGUCUGCCAAAUUUUAAUAGAAAACAAUAUAAACCCAGAUGCUCAAGACUAUGAAGGCAGGACACCCUUGCAGUGUGCAGCUUAUGGUGGCUAUAUAGGCUGUAUGGAGGUCCUAAUGGAAAACAAGGCGGAUCCCAACAUCCAAGACAAAAAUGGCCGCACAGCUUUGCACUGGUCAUGUAAUAAUGGCUAUUUGGAUGCUGUAAAGCUUCUUCUAGGCUACAGUGCUUUUCCUAAUCAAAUGGAAAACACAGAAGAAAGAUAUACACCCCUAGACUAUGCUUUACUUGGUGGACACCAAGAAGUGAUACAGUUCAUGUUAGAACACGGUGCCCUUUCUAUCGCUGCCAUUCAGGACAUUGCAGCGUCCAAAAUUCAGGCAGUAUACAAAGGCCAUAAAGUACGGAGGGCCUUUCAGGAAAGGAAGAACCUGUUAAUGAAGCAUGAGCAAUUAAGGAAGGGUGCAGCAGCCAAAAAAAGGGAGGGUGAUAACAGGCAUAAAGUGCGAGUGGGACAAACUGAGUGCAAGCAAAGAGAUGAAAAUCUUAUGGAGAGGCAAAAUAAAUCAAAUCAACAAAUUACAAAUGAGAUUGUGCAUGAAUGGCAUGGUGAAGCAGUUGGAAACUCAGAGGAUAGAGAAUGUGAUCACCAAGUGGACAAUAAAAAUAUAGAACCUAAGCAUUUAAAACACUUAGAACAGAACAGUAAACCCACUGGAAAGAACCAAAGAAGAACAGCUUGUGUACAAAGCUCUCCCCCAGAAAAUGAAAAUAUAAAUAGCGUACAAACAAGAAUAAGUCCCAGUGGAACAUCUAAUGCACAGUCAUCAUCACUGGGAAAUGAAACACCUAUAGAGAUGAAUUGGGAUGAUAACCCCAGCCAUAAACAUACGCAAAAUAGGAGAAUCUCCAGACAUCGUAUGGAAUCUCCAGAUGUUGUUGUCCACAGAAUUGAGGACCUCAUCCAAAAGGAGAGCAGAAAAAAAUCACACAGAGAAGAAAGAAAGGGAAGUCACAGACAGAGAGAGUCUAGUGAUAAUAGGCUGUGUGUCAGUGAAAGAGAAACUUCAAACUCCGUGAUCCAAACAGAGGAGGAACGGAAGAAAAAAGGAACAAAGAAAGGCAGAAGAAUAGCCACAGGUACCUCUAAAACUGGAGCUUGUAGCGAAGGUGUAAGAUUGUCACAGAGUGAAAAAGAAUCAAGGGUUGUUAUCCAAGGAAGGGCGGACUGCAUUACUUCACCCGAACCCUGUGAAACCCCAAGCAGAGUAUGUCGAGAAAAAAAAAGUAGCUCUGCCAAAAAAGAACAGAGACCUUUAACAGAAACACAUAAGCCUCCAGGAAUGGCAUAUCAGAGUUCAUCUGCCUUAAAAUCCUCCAUGUCUAGGCACACCAGGCAAACAACCAGUGACAGUAAAUAUUUAGACUCUAUGGCUAGUUAUGUUGGAUUUGGGGAAUCCAUAAAACCCUUAUCGCCUAUGGUCAUUUUAAGGGAAGGGAAUUUGACUUCUAACUGGCAAAAUGUAGAUAUUGAGCUCAUCCCCUUAGAGGCAAGACUACAACUGGUGGAGAGGGAAAAAGCUAGGAAGCAGCUCUUUCAGCGCAAAAACCAUGCAGCCACUGUCAUUCAGAAGGCAUGGAGAACUUACUGGAUUAGUAAAAGCUAUCGGACAACAAGACAUGGCCAUGCACAGAGCAAUCCUUCAGCCAUGGUUUAAAUGAUACGAACAUUUGCUCUAUUUGGUGUUGUGAUGUAGGCAAAGUUUACUCCUUUGGUCUCACUCUGUUAAAACAAUAUCUUCUUGCCAGGGCAAAUCUUGUCUAUGAAUGCACUCCUGCUCCUUUUCUUUUCAUCAUGUUUUAGAAGGCAAUCAGGAAGACAGUGUUAUCCUUGAGGAGGUUGGCCACUUAGCUAACCUCACCAUAGCCACAGUAAAAUGUUGACACCGCUGUGCCUUAAUAUUAAUCUAAACACGUGGCCUCGUAUUUUAGUCCCUCAGUUGCCAAGAGGUACACACCCAAGGCUGCUUUCAGCCCCAGAUGGGUUUCCACAUUCCAAAUCGUGGCAGCAAAUCCUAUAACCUAAGCAAUAGACUGUGCCAGAUGUAGCCAGAGUACAAAACUUGCCAUCUGUGUCUGAUGCAGAGGGCAAUGGUACAUGGGACAAUUUGCGGGCAUUUUGAAGGCUGCGUUUAAAUGAGAAGUAAAGUCACAAUCACUGUGUUGGGCAAAGUUAGGCAACCCCAGUGAUUGUAUUCACUUAUCUGAUACCCCAGCCACUGCUCCUGUUAGCAGAAAACUACGGCGGCCUGGGGUUCCUCCAGUGAGCACCACUCCUUUUUAUGCCCACACAGUAGAGUGAAAAGCCACUUCACUGGGUAUGCAUUGGCCUCAGGGUAGCGAGCAAAGAAAAAGCAGGAAGAAGAGCUCACUGGCAGAUCCCCAGGCUGGGGAAGUUUUCACCUAACAGGAGCACCAGCCCGGGGUAUGGGGUAAGUAAUUACAGUCACUGGGGGGUGCCUAAGAUUUUGGCUUCCCUCACUGAUUCGACUUUUCCUUCUCCUUCAAAGGUAGCCUACUAUUGUCUGAUAGUAUCUUACAGCAAUUUACAUGCAGGUCAGCAGAUUCUGGUUGGACACCGCAUCCUUUUGUUACUUAAGAACACAGAUUGCCCCCAAAGCAGGUAGGUUUAGGCUAAUGUCCCUCAGAGUGAGUUAGUUGCCUGCGAUAGAUCUCUGCUACCACGAAAUAUCUCCUGCAGGCAACUUUGCAUGUUUUUGUAAAGGAGAAGCGAUACUUGGGCCUUUAACCGUUCUAAAAUGCCUUUCCACCAGCAAUAACAGAAGUCGCCGGUGGAGUCACCCACGGUAGUAGGAGAGCAUUGCGGGCAACUAACUCGCUCCGUGGCACAUUAGCCUUACAUGCUGCAUCAACCACACUUUGGAACUGGGAGCUUUUCAGAGUCUAAAAAUCUAUUUACCUUUAGAGAGAGAGGUCUCACAUUUUGACAGCCACAAUUUCACAUUUAUAUUUAUAUUAAACCUAUAUCUAUACUAUAUGUUCAGUAUUAUAUAAUCUGUUUACAUGUAUAUAGCCAAUGUACAGUAUAUACAGAAUGUCAAGAAUUGUAUUGUAUUAUAUAUGUUGAAGUUUGCCUUUAAAAAUCA